AUGGGGGACUUUGAUGGUGAGAAAAAAGAAUUGAUCAAGAAAUUGGUAAACUUUCGCAUGAUCGAUGGUAAAAGAACGAGAGUUCGUGCUAUUGUUUAUAAAACUUUUCACCGCCUAGCUCGAAUUGAACGCGAUGUAAUAAAACUUAUGGUUGACACCGUAGAUAAUAUAAAGCCAAUAUGCGAAGUGGUCAAAGUAGGAGUCGCAGGUACUAUUUAUGAUGUUCCUGGGAUUGUAGCCAGGGAUCGUCAACAAACCUUAGCUAUUCGUUGGAUCCUUGGAGUAGCUUUCAAACGACGUAUAAGCUACAGGAUAAGCUUAGAGAAAUGUUCAUUUGCUGAGAUACUGGAUGCUUACCAAAAGAGGGGAAUUUCACGUAAGAGAAGGGAGAAUCUUCAUGGACUGGCUUCCACCAAUCGGAGUUUCGCGCAUUUCAAAUGGUGGUAA